AUGACCAAUAAUAGAGGAACCGGUAAAGUGGAAACCCCCACAACUUUACGUUAUCGACCCCCGUGGCUUGUUUUCAUCCCUACAUGUAUUGCCUUUCUUCUUCUUAACUAUUUAGCCUGGGGCGUUACCCCAAAUGCGGAGGGCACAGAUCUCCUUCCAUCACCCACCGUGCUGGCCAUGCGGGCGGAGAAGGAAAUGGGAUACAGUGAGAGAUUUAACCUGCGACUCUUUAUUGAGGAUGAUCUCAUGCGGCAUCUCUUUUAUCUCAGUCGUUACUUUGGUGGAAUGGAUGGUGUUCGUGUGAUUUGGCUCCUCGCGUGGCUUAUUCACUGUAUGGAAAUAGGGAUUGCUGUGCGUGUGUGUGUGGCCUGCCGGGCCCCAGUUGUGGUGUUUAUCUUAUAUAUAUUACUAACGGCAUUGGGCGGGGUAUCGCAAUUAUCACCAUUGCUGGCAGCCCGGGAUGCGUAUAGAGCCUUGCAGGGAAAUGGAGUAGAGAAGAAGGAGAAUAAUAAUAAUAAUAAUAAAAAGAAGAGGAAAUAA